UACACAAGCAGUUUCUUUCAUGUUACUACUAUUUGCUAUUUGCCAUUCGCUGUGCGUUUUCUUUUCUUUGCUCUUUCAUUUCUAAUGGAAUUCCCAUACUAUUUACAACAAAAUAUCUACACACCACCCCGCGCCCCACACGCUGCUGACAAAAGCGCGCCAUGUGAGUAAAGACAUUAAGCAAGCCGGAGAGAGUGAGAGUAACACUUUUUCCACUUUGCUUUGCUUUGUUUCGUGCUUCGGUGUGAGCGGUGUGAGAGCUCGCAAGCGCCUGAUGUCCUGCGGCAAUACGAUGGCGCCACAUUUCAUUGAUUACAAGUGCCAUAGCCAAAGAAACGAAGCGCAUGGCAAACGGCGCAACGUACGCUCUGUGUGCUGAGUGCGAGUACUCGUGUGUAGCAUAAUUUCGGUGAGCUCUGCAACACAGUCUGUUAAGAGGUUGAGGGUGGUUGAGAUACAUGUGUAGCUAUGUGGCGUAGGUGUGUGCAUAAAUGUUGUUGUUCAGCAGAAUUGUUGUUAUUGCAACUAACUGAUUUGUUAUCGAUGUGUUUGACUCAAACGAGCACCACAUCACGAGUGCUUGGCACAUAGAGUGCUCCAAGCACGAAGUGGAAAGUUUUGCUCAAUACAAAGUUGCUUUCACCAAGUGGGCUUUCCGUCGUGAUAUACGAACUAUACGAAUGGCAGCGACGACCGGUAGCGGCGACGACGUUUCAGCACUUUUGGGUAUAACAGUAGCGGUUCAUCGAAUUCGCGUUCAGUUCUUAAGGGUAGUUAGUUGGAAAACGGCGUCAAAUCGGGCUAACGGUGCCGCACAAUUGGGUUGAUAGCACAUUUUUUUGUAUUAUACCAAAACUAGUGGUGCAGAAGACGGGCACAGUGCAGAGGGCCACCAACAAGCUGAAAAAUGUAUAUAUAAAUUGGUAGUAGUUGCUGAAAAAGUGUAUACCGCAGUGUUGGGAAUCUAAGAAAUUCAAGCAAAAUUUGUGUUCAAAUGUUGAAAAUUCCAAAUAUCGCAGUCUAGCAACAAAUCGAAUGCAUUGUGCAACCCACCAACAUAUUAAACAAAGCAGCGUCAUGUAAAUAAAUCGCUAGGAGCUAAACGUAUAAAUCAUAAGCCAAGAAAUUCAUCACCGACAGCGACAGCGGCAACGGCAACGGCGGCGACAGCUACACUCAUCAAACCAACCGACUAAAUAACUAAACAACAACUAAAACAAUCAGCAAAGCGACGUUUGGGUCGACAGCCAAUUGACCGAGCAAUCAAACGACAAACAACAAGCAACAAGCGAACAGUGUUAAACACACUUAGUGGCAACGACGCCUAAACGUAUACUAUCACAGCCACGAAAAGUCAACCGAGUACACCCACAAGCGCACCACUAGAGCAUCUAGUAAUUCAAAUAUAGAAUAACUAACUGAGGGCAAACAUAAAAUUUGAUUGCCUGUUGCCCAACCGAGCGGGACGCAAACCGCCGCGAAUCGACAGUGAAGGCCGGAGAGAGAAAGGAAGGCGACAGCAACGACGGCGUGCAGACGCAGGAAAUAAGACAUUCUUUACACGCUCGCAGUGUAGGGGCAGCAGAGGUGAGCCGUGUAGGCGGUUAAUUGGAAAUUUUCUUCUGUUAACGGUUGUUCCGAGAAAGCAGUCAAAAUUCAUCGGCUAAGCAAGAGUGAUUAAAAAACGUGACAGAUACAAUAUCAAAGAAAAAAGAAAACAAAAAUAAAAACAAAAGCAUAAUAAUAAAAACAUAAAGGAAGCAAACAAGAGAAAUUAUAAAAAAACAUAUAAAAAUUACAAAAUCUCCCUCUAAACGUUGUACUUAGCACCCAAUCGGGCUUAAACUAGAAUCAGUUCUUUGAGACUUCUUAACGAAUUAAGCGAAAGAAAUCGAAAAAAUUUCAAAUUAUUAAAGCAGAUUUACAUAUAUAGUUACUUUUUGCGUCGCCUUAUAAAAAAACUAAUCGCACAUAUUCGUACAUAUACACACACAUAUAUACAUAUAUAUAAUUGCUAUUGUCCUCGUACUCGUAUAUGUGAAGAAAGCGGAGGGAAGCAGCGAGAAAACGAAAACAAAAAAGUAUACGAAAUUAAGGGAAAACACAAAGAAAAACACUUAGAAGCCGAGAGCCACUAAUCUGAGCAGUGUGAAGCGAGCGAGAAUCCGCGGACCGACCGCGGCAGAUUAUGUCACGAGACGAUUACAAUCCUGUAACUAGCUCUGGUGUUCGUAGCCCGGGUCGCUCAAGGCGGCUCACGGAAUUGCCAACUGUAGAUCGGUCGCCAUCACGAGACUACGGUGCACGUGGAAGUCCCCUAGCAAUGGGCAGUCCAUACUAUAGAGACAUGGAUGAGCCAACAAGUCCAGCCGGUGCAGGCCACCAUCGGAGUCGGAGUGCCAGCAGACCGCCGAUGUCACACGCCAUGGAUUAUCCGAGAACGCGUUACCAGUCGCUGGAUCGCGGUGGCUUGGUUGAUCCACACGAUCGUGAGUUUAUACCAAUACGCGAGCCACGCGAUCGCUCACGUGAUAGGUCUCUCGAGAGGGGAUUGUAUUUGGAGGACGAGUUGUAUGGACGUUCGGCGAGACAAAGUCCUAAUCCUAUAGGUUACCAAACGGGCUUACCAACAUCGGAUCGAGCGUAUCUGGGCGAUCUACAGCAUCAGAAUACAGAUCUGCAGCGCGAAUUAGGUCAACUUAAGCGUGAAUUAGAACUGACAAAUCAAAAAUUGGGCAGUUCGAUGCACAGCAUAAAGACCUUUUGGUCGCCGGAGUUGAAGAAAGAGCGAGCGCUGCGUAAGGAAGAGAGCGCCAAAUACAGUUUGAUUAAUGACCAGCUAAAGUUGCUGAGCACGGAAAAUCAAAAACAAGCAAUGUUGGUGCGUCAAUUGGAGGAGGAGUUGCGCAUGCGUAUGCGACAGCCUAACAUUGAAAUGCAACAACAAAUGGAGGCUUUGUACGCGGAGAAUGAUCAUUUGCAGCGCGAGAUCAGUAUAUUACGUGAGACAAUUAAGGAUCUUGAGUGUCGCGUGGAAACACAAAAGCAAACGCUCAUUGCGCGCGAUGAAAGUAUCAAGAAAUUAUUAGAAAUGUUGCAAACUAAGGGAAUGGGUAAAGAGGAGGAGCGACAGAUGUUCCAGCAAAUGCAAGCCAUGGCCCAAAAACAGAUGUACGGCACAUACGGCCCGACUGGAAGUCCGCCACUACCCGACAUAAUCGGUCAGUAUUACGCGCCUACCGGCUACGGUCUCGGUGUUGGUCCGCCGCCACCACCACCGAGCACCUACGACAUGUUCGGCCCCACCGCUUCGGCUGCCGGUUAUCUAUACGAACCGACCCUGGGCAGUUCUGUCGCCGCUGGCCUCUACGGUCAGCAUCCAUCGCCGAUACGACGACGCCGUUACAGCAUCGCCGGUCUGCCAUCGGCCUCGAUGAUGAACGAUUACUAUGGACUAUAUGCGCCACAAAUGCAGCAGUCCUCCUCUUCGAAUAUAGUGAAUCUGUUGAAUGAGGCGCACAAAUCCAUUUCGCGCUCCUCCCAGAUACUUAAUCAACAUGCGCGCAUGCAACAGGCCACACAGCCGGUUACACCGCUCUCACAUUAUCCUGGACGCAUUAUAUCUAGCUACCCGACCUUGCAUCCGGGCGAUACAUCGCCGCCAUACCUUAACGACAACCUCAUGCAGAUGUCGGCGAGUUUUUCAUCGCAGCCGAACAUGUACUUCCAACAGUAUGCCCCGUCGUCGGCGGCGGCCACAGCGGCAGCGGCCCAACAAUCAGCAGCAGCGGCGGCGGCAGUAGCCGCUCAACAAGCGGCCACCGGUGGCCAUUUGGGCGGAAGGCUAUUGCGGCCGGCCUACUCAGUGUCAAAUUUAAAUUACUUGAACUAUCCGAGCAAAUACACUUCAGGUGGUGUUAGUGGUAUUGGUGGUAGUAGUAGUUAUGCGAAUCCAUUCUCUCAGUCCAUAUUCAGUCAGACCGAUUUGCCAUAUAGCAUGAGUUCGUUGUUGCAGCAACGCAAUCUAAUGCCAUCGCUGCACGCCUCCAAUCCGGCUAUAUCGCAGUAUUAUCAGUACGCCACACAGGCACCGCAUACGCAUACGCAUCCGCUUGCCUACAAUUUGCAACAGCAAUUUGCGGGCACCCAACAUUAUGCACACCAGCUGCCGCUCGGCGCCCAGCACCCGUCGGCGCACAUCCACCACUCGGUACAGCAGCAGCUGAAUCCGUUGCAUCAGUACCACGUGCACCAGCAGCAGCAUCACAUGCAAACGCAUCCACUAGCGGCGUUACGCGAAACGAGUGGACCAUUCGCGGCGACACUCACCAGCAGCGCGCUGGACGACGCGGGGCUGACUGGGCGCGCUGGUCUCAGUGCAGGCGGUGGCGUUGGUGGCGUUGGCGGUGUGGCGACUGGCGCGGCGGGCGUUGCAGCUGCGUCCGCAUACGAUAGCCUACAUACAACGCCGUCAUAUCAGCAUCAUCACCACCAACAACAACAGCAGCAGCAGCAACACCUCAGUCACUUAAGCCAACAGCAAUUGCACCACCACCAUCAUCAUCCCACAACAUCUGCCCCAUUAAGCCAUACAAGCACUCCAUACCAUCAUCACCAACACAUGUCGCCAUAUUCGAAACUAGAUUUAGACUAUCCGAAACUGCCAUCCGAGCAUAAACGACAAUUGGACGAAUUCCGUCUUGAAAUACAAAGAAGGGAUCAAGAAAUAUUGGCGAUGGCGGCCAAAAUGAAAACUUUGGAAGAGCAACAUCAGGACUAUCAGCGGCACAUAGCGGUUCUGAAGGAGUCGCUAUGUGCCAAGGAGGAGCACUACAAUAUGCUGCAGACUGAUGUUGAGGAGUUGCGCGCCCGCCUGGAGGAGAAGAAUCGCUUGAUUGAGAAGAAGACACAAGGCACACUACAAACGGUACAGGAACGGAAUCGUCUGACUAGUGAACUCACCGAAUUGAAGGAUCACAUGGAGAUUAAAGAUCGCAAAAUCAACGUGUUACAGCGAAAGAUUGAGAAUCUCGAGGAUCUGCUCAAGGAGAAGGAUAACCAGGUGGAUAUGGCGCGGGCACGUCUGUCGGCAAUGCAGGCUCAUCAUAGUAGCUCCGAGGGCGCUCUCACAAGUCUCGAAGAAGCCAUUGGUGACAAAGAGAAACAAAUGGCCCAACUGCGAGAACAGCGAGAUCGUGCCGAACAUGAAAAGCAAGAGGAGCGCGAAUUACAUGAGCGUGAAAUUGCCGAUUAUAAAAUCAAGUUGCGUGCACUCGAGAGUGAAGUGGAGAAAUUGAAUACACGCCUGGAGCGUGCUGUCACCGAACGUGAACGCUUGGAGAUCAAAUUGGAGGCGUCACAAAGUGAAUUGGGCAAAUCGAAGGCGGAGCUGGAGAAGGCCACCUGCGAGAUGGGACGCAGCAAUGCCGAUUGGGAGUCCACCAAACAACGUAUCGCCCGUCUGGAAUUGGAGAAUGAACGCUUGAAACACGAUCUGGAACGUUCACAGCUGCAGCUAGAAGAACAGACCACACUACAUAAAUCCGUACAAAAAUUAAUGCUCGAGUCAGGACGCUUAUCGACAACAUUUGGCCGCACAACAAUGACUACUUCUCAAGAAUUGGACCGAGCACAAGAGCGCGCCGACAAGGCAGCCGCGGAACUGAGGCGAACACAGGCUGAGCUCCGCGUCACACAGUCGGAUGCGGAGCGUGCUCGUGAAGAGGCGACCGCGUUGCAGGAGAAGCUCGAGAAGAGUCAAGGUGAAGUGUAUCGCCUUAAAGCGAAGCUCGAGAAUGCACAAGGUGAACAAGAGAGCCUGCGCCAGGAGCUGGAGAAGGUGCAGGGCGGUGUGUCACGCAUACAUGCCGAUCGAGAUCGCGCCUUCUCGGAAGUGGAGAAGAUGAAGGAAGAGAUGGAGCGAACUCAGGCCACACUGGGCAAAGCACAACUGCAGCAGGAGAAACUGCAGAACUCAUUGGAUAAAGCCCAGAAUGAGGUCGAUCACUUGCAGGAGAAACUCGACAAAUCGGUAGCUGAAAACAGACGCUUGGUACUCGAAAAAGAGAAGCUUACCUACGACUAUGACAACUUACAGUCGCAGCUGGACAAGGCGCUGGGGCAGGCGGCGCGUAUGCAAAAGGAACGCGAAACCCUUACGCUCGACACAGAUCGCAUACGCGAGAAACUAGAGAAGACUCAGAUGCAACUAGCACGUAUACAAAAAGAGCGGGAUCAGUUCUCCGAUGAGUUGGAAACACUCAAAGAACGCUCCGAGUCAUCGCAAACCUUACUGAUGAAAGCGGCGCGCGAUAAGGAGGCAAUGCAAACCGAUUUGGAAGUGCUCAAGGAGCGUUAUGAAAAGUCGCACGCCAUACAACAAAAAUUGCAGAUGGAGCGUGACGACGCUGUUACCGAGGUGGAGAUACUUAAAGAGAAACUAGACAAAGCACUGUAUGCUAGUCAGAAGCUCAUCGAUGAGAAAGACACCUCCAAUAAAGAAUUUGAGAAGAUGCUUGAGAAGUACGAUCGCGCGCAAAAUGAAAUUUAUCGACUACAGUCACGUUGUGAUACUGCCGAAGCAGAUCGUGCACGUUUAGAAGUCGAAGCAGAACGUUCCUCUUUGGCUGCGUCCAAGGCGCGUGAGGAUCUGCGCAAAUUACAAGAGGAGAGCACUCGUUUACAGGAAGCCUGUGAUCGCGCCGCGCUGCAACUGAGCAGAGCCAAGGAAAGCGAAGACAAUGCACGUGUUGAGCUCGAGCAUAAUCGUGAACGUUUCGAUAAGAUACAGACCGAUUUGCGACGAUCGCAAGGUGAAAAAGAACACUUGCAAUCCGAGUUGGAACGUGUCACAUACGAACUGGAGCGCGCACAUGCCGCACAAACCAAAGCCAGCGCCAGUGUGGAAGCGGCAAAGGAGGAAGCUGCGCACUAUGCUGUUGAAUUAGAGAAAAUGCGCGAUCGCUAUGAGAAGAGUCAAGUGGAGUUACGUAAACUUCAGGAUACCGAUACAUUUGGACGUGAGACCCGUCGCCUUAAGGAAGAAAAUGAGCGUCUCCGUGAAAAACUGGACAAAACCCUUAUGGAACUCGAAACGAUUCGUGGCAAGUCCCAAUAUGAAUCCGAAUCCUUUGAAAAAUACAAAGACAAGUAUGAAAAGAUUGAGAAUGAAAUUCAAAACAUGGAAUCCAAACUGCAUGAGACCACCCUGCAACUGGAAUUGUCGAAGGGCGAGGUUGCUAAGCUACUUGCCAAUCAAGAGAAACAACGUAGCGAGUUGGAGCGGGCGCAUAUUGAGCGCGAGAAGGCACGUGACAAGCACGAGAAACUGCUAAAGGAGGUGGAGCGAUUGCGUCUGCAGCAACAAUCGGCCAUCAGCCCUGGCGAGUCGGUGCGCGCAUCGAUGUCGGCGGGCGAGCGCCAAGAGAUCGAUCGAUUACGCGAUCGACUCGAGAAGGCGCUGCAAUCGCGCGAUGCCACCGAACUCGAAGCGGGCCGCCUCGCCAAGGAGUUGGAGAAGGCGCAGAUGCAUUUAGCCAAACAGCAGGAAGCGAACGAAUCCACGCGCAUCGAAUUCGAACGCAUGUCUGCCGAACUCGGCCGCCUGCACGAUCGUCUCGAGAAGGCAGAGGCCGAGAAGGAGUCACUACGCCAAUCAGCACGCAAUGGCGCAGACAAACCGCAUCCACAACUCGAAAAGCACAUGCAGAAAUUGGAAGCCGAUUGCAAGCAAUUGGCCAUCGAACGGGAGCAAUUGGUGUUACAGCUCGAGAAGAGCCAAGAGAUAUUGAUGAAUUUCCAAAAGGAGUUGCAAAAUGCCGAAACCGAAUUGCAAAAAGCGCGUGAAGAGAACCGCAAAAUGCGCAAUGGUCAUCCGGUAUCACCCGCGGCGCCUGCCGAGCUACAAGCCAUGCAACAGGAGAUACAGGUGUUGCAACAAAAGUUACAAGAAUCCGACAAAGCACUACAGGCCGCUAGUGCCGCAGCGGGCGCGAGUGGCGCCAAUCGGGAGGAGGUCGAGCAGUGGCGCAAGGUGCUCGAAGCUGAGAAGAAUCGCGCAGAAAUGGCCGAUAAAGCCGCACAAGAAAUGCAUAAACGCAUACAAUUGAUGGAUCAGCACAUUAAGGAGCAGCAUCAACAAAUGCAGAAGAUGCAACAGCAGAUAGCACAACAGCAACAACAACAACAACAACAACAACAGCAACAACAAGUGUCCGGUAAUGCUCAAGAAGUAACGAAGGAGCUGGAGAAGGUGAAAGGUGAACUGCAGUCCGCCUGCACUGAACGCGACCGUUUCCAACAACAGCUGGAGUUACUGGUACAGGAACUGGAGAAGAGCCAGCUUUCAAACCAGGAGCAAUCGAAACAAUUGCAAACUGCCCAACAACAAGUGCAACAGCUGCAGCAACAGGUGCAAAUGUUGCAACAACAAGUACAACAACUACAGCAGGCGGGCACUUCCGGUGCAGCCGCCACCGAUGUGCAGCGUCAACAAUUGGAGCAACAACAGAAACAAUUGGAGGAAGUGCGCAAGCAGAUCGACAACCAAGCCAAGGCCACGGAAAGCGAGCGCAAGAUCAUCGAAGAGCAGCGCAAGCAGAUCGAAGCCAAACGCAAGGAUAUCGAGGAGAAAGAGAAGAAAAUGGCCGAUUUCGAUGUGCAGUUACGCAAGCGAAAGGAGCAAAUGGAUCAGUUGGAGAAGUCGCUGCAAACGCAGGGUGGCGGUGCUGCGGCAGCCGGCGAGCUUAACAAGAAACUCAUGGACACACAGCGACAACUAGAAGGCUGCGUUAAGGAACUGCAAAACACCAAGGAGGAGCACAAAAAGGCAACCACCGAAUGCGAACGAUUACUUCAACUGGUGCAAAUGUCGCAAGAGGAACAGAAUGCCAAGGAGAAAACCAUUAUGGACUUACAACAAGCCUUAAAGAUCGCUCAAGCAAAAGUGAAACAAGCACAAACGCAGCAGCAACAAGAUGCUGGACCAGCUGGAUUCUUGAAGAGCUUUUUCUAAAGAGUAUUACUUGAUAACUUGAAAACAAACAAAUACGAGAAGCAACAGAACUUUUCAUUAUUACACUGUACAUUUAACUACCAGUAACCUCAGUAUUGAUUUCAUUAUAAUAAUGAACAAUGGAAAAGAAGUAUUGGAAAUCUUUUUUACUCAACUUUUGCUGAACGCUGUCUUUUUCUAAUUAUUGUUUUCUUGUAAACAAAAACAAAAUAUACGCAGAUUAAUGUUAAAUAUUGUGAACAAAGUACUACUGUAAUCAUUACUCUUCAUACUAAUUACAAACGGAUGCUUCUCUACGAUUUACACGACAAGUGGACAGACAUAUCCGUCACAAACACAUACAUACAAACACACGUAUUCUUGGACCAUCCAAUUAAAACAACAAUUUGGCAAACUAGCGUUGGAGAAGAACGGUGAGCAGUUGGAGAGUCCAGCGCGCCAGUAUUUGAACGAAUAUGGAAGAUUUUCAGCGCAAAAUUGAUGUGUGUAACGGUGCAUUCGCUAUGAGUGAUACUAAAAAUGUGCACUGUGUGUUUAGAAAAGGCGGACAGUUACAGGUUUGAAAGCAAAAUAAGCGUAAAAAAAUUGUUGGUGAGAACACAAAUGUAGCAGAUUUAUAGAGAAUGAAAAAUACAUGACAUAUAUGAAUAUGUAGGUAUGUUUCUAACUUAAAUAUGAAUGCCGGAGAAGGAGUAUUGGAAAAUAUGUGUAGCAAAAUAGACGUGACAGUUAGUAAAUAUAAAUAUAUACAUAUUAGAAAAAUAAAUAAAUAAAAAACAAAAAACAAUGGAAAUAAUAUUAAAUAUACUACAUAUAUGCAGAGUUAUAGUUAGUUUAUUAAAAAAGUGAAAAACAAUAUAAUAUUAAAAUUAAUUAUGUAAAUAUUAGAAGAAAUUGUAGCAAAAAAAAAAAAAAAACAAAACACAAAAAAGCAACUUUUAUUUUAAAUAACUUAAUAAAAUAUACAAAAUUAAAAAAAUUAAAAAAUUUACAAAUACAAAUACAAAUUGAAACAAUACCAUAGUGUAUUAGUGGACCAAGAGGCCAUGUCACAAACUUCGUUAAACAAUUAAGUCAUACAUAUACAUACAUACAUAUUUGCAUAUUAAAUAUAAUAUAAAUAAAUCUAGCAAUAUACAUUUAUAUAUAUACAUACAUACAUAUAAUAUGGUUAUAUACAUAUAUUAUAAAAACAAUAAAAAAUAACAAAAUAUAGCUCUAAACUAAAAACUAUUCAUACUCGUAAAUAAUAUCUAUAAAUAUACCGCUAAAUAUAAAUAGUUUGUUCAGCAAUAUUAAUUAAAAGUACCUUUAAACAAAUUUAAUACCGAUUUACUUCAUUGGAGGCACACUCUUACAACAAUACAUACUGCAACAAUAAUUACAAAUACGCUGUUCGAAAUAUGUAUCACAGAAAACAACCAGUCAAUAGUUACUGUAAACGUACCUACCACAAGUAACUGUACUUUUCAACUACGUACAUUCAUUCACAGCGUGUUCCAUAUUUGUAUAUGUGUAUGUAAACCCAAACGAGCAUAGAAUGACUAACUCACACUCACAAACGUACAAUAUUACCCAUAUAACGUACAAUAUAUAUAUGUAUGUAUGUACAAUUCACUAACCAAUUAACUAAAUACUUGCCUCUUUUCAAUGAAUUCAAAUAUCGUAUUCGGCUGCAGUUACUCGUACAUACAAACACACAUACAUAUAUUCGAUUAUAUAAUAUCAUACUAGAAGUAAUUAACCGUUAAAUAGCUGCAUGUGUGUACAACACACAAGUUGCAAGUCCAAAUCGAACCCGUUUGUCAAACGUCUCUUUCAUAUAUUUAAAGCCACUUCGGCUAGAUAAAUCAAGAAAAUUUAACUUUCCAAAUUAAAUUAAAUGUUUAUCAACUGUCUGUCUAUUAUCCCACAGAUGUCAUUAGAACCACUCGAUUUCUAUAUGUUUACUUUGUUCGCUUCACAUACACAUACACAUACAUAUUGUGUAAAUUUCUUGCUUCACUCUCGUAUAAAUAAAUAUGAAUAUUAUGCAAAAUAUCUCAAGCUCAGUCAUAAUCUGUAUAUAUAUGUAAAUAGUAUAGUGUUGAAUAAUAAUAUACAUACAUACUUAUAGAAUAAAAAAAUAUCCUGCAUAGCCCACAGUCAUCAUCACAAACACACAGCCUCAAAUGAUGACAUAAACAUAUUGCAAAAGCAAAAUAACAACAAAUAAUAACAAUAACAACGUAAUUAAAACUAUAGUAAAAAUAAAUAUAAUAACAAUAAUAAUACUACUAAUACUAUAAUAAUAAAUACAUAAUCAAGAGUACGAUAUUGGUGUAUAGUAAAAGGAACCGUUAAGGAACAAUCUAACAGAACACAUCCUACUUUCUUCGUUUAUUCGUGCCGGAAUUCAAUUUUCAUUUGACUAAUAAAAAAUCAUAGUUAUCAUACUGCAUAUAUAUUUCCAAAGACAGUUGAACUUCCCAUUCUCGAAUCACCAUAAUCCACAAAAAACUUCGAGUUAGAGAGACUUCCGAGUUAUGGAAGGUAAUUUGUAUGAAAUUCAAGAGCACGAGUUAUGGAAGUUCAACUGUAUACAAAAGUGUGUAUGUGGAGGUGCGAACACACUUAACGGAUCAAAUGUAGUAUAAAGCUCCGCAUGGUUUAUAAUAUAAGACUAUCCAAUAAUGUUCCAUAGGAAGAUUUUGUUCAUUAUGUCAGAGGAUCAUUAAAAUCGGGAAAGAAUGGCUGAAUGACAGUUCGGAUGCUCCCAAAAAUGUUAUUAGAAGCAUGUUCUUAGACGUAGGAUAUGUCUUAUUGCUGUCAAUUUCUCUUCCUGUUUUAAUUACCCCGAAAAUAAUAUCAAAUCAGAGUAUUUAUGACAGUUAUAAAAAAUGUUCAAAUAACAAAGAAAAGAAUUAACUGUCAAAGGAGAACACUUUUGAAUGAAAAAAAUAACCGCGAGGAGUGUAACCUUUGUUUGUUGAACAAUGCUUUUAGAUCAGAAUAUAAGACCUUAUGGUCAGGACCUAUUGAUGUUUAAGAGAAUAGUACAUGUUCUUCUUAUAGCAUACACCAUUUUUCAGCUUUUGCUGUAACAGAUAUGAUUCAAUUUAUUACUUGGGAGGUGGACUAUUGUUCCGAGUUGUGAUAUGUGCUGCCAGAACAUAAACUAUAUAUAAAAGAGUUUGAAAUAAAUUCCUGCAAUAUGGUAUAAUUUCAAUACCAAUUAGUUAUGAUCCCUUUGAUCUGAAAAUCUCAGUUUCCUGAAAUGACUAGAUAAGAGACAGAAAGUGGGAAAAUUAUGUCUCAGAGAACAUACAAGCAUUGUUAAUUCGUUGUUCUGCAAAUGAAAGGAUUGUAAUCACUACUCGGACUAAAAUAAUUUAAGAAGAAAAAAUUAAGAAAUUAAGAUUUUAGAAACUGUAACAAUUUCAAGGGAUUCAAUAUACAGUCAAAAGGAAAGCAAACUUUCUCCGAAAGAACUUUGGCACUGAUAAAAAAAGAGCUGACUAAUUUCUCGUAAACGGCAUAAAGGAGAAAUUUUACAGCAUGAGAGUUGUCAUCUUUAAUGUUUGCUUAAAUAUAUAAUCCGACUUUUACAUGAAAAAUAUUCCCCCGAAUUGCAUUUCACCGAAAAUCAAUUUCACUUUCAAGCUAAAAUUUCUUCAUUUAAAAGCAAGAAUCAACUCAUUAAUUUAAGAAUAGUAAGAAUAAUUCUCUGUAGAUGUUCAGGCGAAUUACGAUAGAAAUUAUAAAGACGAUAUGUUGAUAAGAGUUUCGUACUCAAGAUCUGAUAUUAAGCUUUGUUUCUGAACAAUAUAUUUUCCUGCAAAAAAGCUUCUAAUAAAAUCUAUUUGCCAUUCGGAAAAGCUUAAAGCUUGUGGGACACUUCAUUUGUCGUGGUGAUCAAAAAAAAAAACACAAACCAACAUCUAGGUAUGAUGUAAAUGAUUCAAGAGUCUAAAACAUAACCUCAACUUAUAAAUAGAAACAUCCUUCGGUAGCAUAAUCUACGAUUUGGACCUAUCAGAUUGCUUAUAAAAUGAAACACCUAAUGAAAAUUCGCAUUUGAUCCGUUAUGUACAUAAUUAUGUGUACACUGCAUACAUCACUUUGUUGUUAAACUAACUGUAUUGGUAAAUUCUCACGAAGUUUGUUAAAUUGCUUUACAUAAUUAAUGCUAUCGAGUGUUUCGUUUAACUAAAUGCAUAUAUGUAAGUUUUGAAAGAGGAAAAAAAUUAAAAUCUAAGAUCACUGCCAUGUUGCAAAUAACUUAUCAAUAAUAAUCAACAAUGUAUAUACAAGUAACUUAAUUUCGUCUGCCAUGUAUUUAUAGCGAAUAAAAGCCUAAUUUAAUGAGCGCAUUUGAUUACAUUUUUUCAUUUCUCAUCUAAUUGAUUUACACACUUUUUAUUUGGUUACCGUUACAUAUCCUGCAUAGCCUGUCUGAUUGCCGAGGGGGCGGAGCAUUGCCAUUUAGUUUAUUGUGCAAUACAAAUACACUGCGGUUAAAAUAAGCCAUAUCAAUUAAUUUGAAUAAAAAAAUUAUACCAAUGCUUACAGAAGAGGAAGCAUAGAAGCGAAUAGAUAUACUCAAGGUGUGGCAACCUUUGAAUGGAGGGUAGUAAUGAAUGUGCUUGGAGGUGUUUAUGAGGGAAGCAAAAAUGUCCAUAUAAACAAAGAUUUGUAUGUGUGUAAAAUUGUAUUGAUAGUGGCACUGAAAGUGGACGCUAAUGAUAUAGGUAUGUAUUGAGCGGCACUAAAUAAGCUUAGCAUAGCAUAGCGGCCAACAGUUUGUAUGCUAAUUAAGUAAUUUAGGUUUGAAUUGAAUUAACAAUUAUAUAUGUAAAUAAAAGAAAGAUGCGAAAGAGAUCUAGCAUUUAUUGAAAAAAAGAACGCAUUUCAGUCAAGCGCAAAAACUAUUCUUAAGUCCCAAUUAAACAUAUUCAUACAUAUAUACGAAAUAUACAACAAAACCGCACACACCAACACACCCAAAGCACGCCGAACAUAAUAAAUUUAGCGACAAUUUAGCAAAGCAAUCCGCAAAUAAUUAGAGAACUUGAAGAAGAAUUAGCAAAAUUAUACUUAUUCUACUUUUAGGUAUGUAAUUUGUAGCAUAGCAUAAAUAUUUGAGCGCAUGCGUGGCGUACACACACAUGUAUAUGUAUGGAAAUCAGUUAGACUGCAAAAUUGUCUGAAAGGCCUUACAAACUUCAUGCUUAGAAACUUACAUACAUACACACGUAUAUAAACAUAUUUAAUGCAAAAAUACUUUUGUUAGUCAAGUGACAAGAAAACUAUAUAGUUAUGUAUGUAGCAGGCGUUUAGAGUGACACUCAUUAGCUAAAAUUCGUCUAAUCUAGUAUGGAACUGUGAAGAUGAAGUUACCCAAGUGACACACAAUACACAACAACAAACACGAGUUAUGCCUUAUUCUAUACUAAACUGAUACAAAAUGAAUUCAAAAUACAAUAAUACUAAUUAUGCAUUACAACAACUACAAAUUAAAGAGUAACAAAUACUCGUAUUUAUGAGCGGCAGUAAGCAUAAUCCUUUGCUAGAUUGAACAUUGGAGCGGAAAGCACACAUUUUAUCUAUUUAAAUUUUAUUUUAUAAUUUCUUUCUUUUUUCUGUAAGUAUAACCUCAUUGAUUUGAAAUAAAUGCAAUGAAUCUCUAAUUGCUCCUGAAAGUAUGUUAAACGGUUUUAUAUCGUAUUAUUGUUUCUCUUUACUGAUUAACAAGGCAAUCACAAAGCUUGUUACGAUUAACCUAACUAUAACCGUACAUAUGCACUAUACUUACAUGUAACACAACAACAACAAAAUGAAUAUGCAACAUCCUCUCACAUAAAGCAUAACAAUUAUUAAGUGCACUCAUAUAUUCAUAUCCUUACGGCAGUAUGUAUGUAUGUGCAUGAGUAGGACUUAGAUACAAUACAUACACGUAUGCAUAUUGUUAGUUAAGAAUGUGUACGCGUGUAAUUGAGACAAGGAAAGCAAUCUUUGGCGAAGACAAUAUACAUUUACAAAAGAUACAAUCCAACAAACAUACUCAUGGUUAAAAGCAAAUUGAACACUCUAGAAAAUUUGCUGCUUCUCUAUCAAGCAUAUACACAGACACACACUCUCAAAUACAUACACACAUACAAUUUAGGAGAGUAAAACUCUCAUAAUCGCAAAAACUCUACAUAUCCGUAGCUUAAUGUAACUAAGUCACAAAUCUUCAUUGUAUGUACUACUGUAAACGAGCAAUGCAACAAAUACAUAAAUGAGCGCAAUUAUUAAUUUUUUUUUUUUUUGACAAUUUACACUUAAUUAUAUUUUUUUUCUAUGGUUUGAAGAUUUCACAAAAGGCGGCUGAUAAGUUUCUGUCUCUUUUUUUUAAUACAGUUUUGAGUACUUAUCGAGACACACUUUAAUUGCUGCAAUUUAAUUCAUAAUUGUUCUUAAUUUGCCAUACAAGGAAGUGAUUAGUUAAUUAAUAUAUUUCUUUUUAUAAAACAUUAUAAUCAAAAAGUCUAUAUUUCCAUUUAAAAUUUAAAAUUUCUAAAACGAAAUCACCUUUUCGACAGCUAUCAAAAUACUAAUUGUUGAAGCUAUAUGAACACCAUUUCUUAAUUGUCUCAGCUAAUUGACUCAUUUUAACAAGUAAGGGGUUCUAUUGUUAUUCACUAAAGCCGGUAAUAUAUUUGUAAAAUUAUAUUCUUGAUAAAAUGACAGAUUUAAAUAGUUUCAAACUUUUUAAUAUGAAAUUUUAAGAACCCAAAGAUAUUCAUCACUGAUGACAAAUAAUGCACUGUUGGAAAGAACCAUUAUAUCGGUGAAACCGUUAACGACAGACGAAACAAAUAGCUCCAUCUCAAAAUUUAAGCAAAUGGCAUAGGAAAUCAAAUCUAAUCAGAAACCAUAUUUAUUCUCUUUGAAUACAUACACAUAUUACCAAUGAUAAUUGCGUUUCAGUCACUUUCAUACAAACCUUCUGCUGGAAAUUGAUGCCCAUUGAUGUGAAGCGAUUCAAGUACUUAGUUCUCUAGCAUUUGGAGUUAACUGGCAACUUUCUAGUUUUAAAUUGAAUAUACAUUAAUUGAUUGAAGGCCUUUUCCUGCGACAAUGUGAUUAUAAUUGAGCAUAAAUUUAAUAAAUGUCUAAUUAAGCCUUUGCACUGAAACUUAUCAGCCGUACCCAGUAAAUAGAAAAUGUAGAAGACAUAUAAAGUGUUCGAUUCAGGUACUGAUUUAAAUCGUUGUGUUUAAGCGAAUUCCCGCCGUAACCCUUAAUAAAAACCGAAAAAUUAUGUAAUAACAGAGAUAUAACAAAGACGAUGCUACUCUCACUCAGUUUUCUGUUCCUCAAACCCCAUACAAAUGAAAACAAUUUGCUAUUAUCUGAGUGUACUUAAAUGCUUUCAUUUAUUCUAUAUAUUAUUAUCAAAUAGCAACAUAAUAACGUAGUUUAUGAAAUUAUUUCGUUUUUGAAAUGAAAAUCAUAAAUUUUCUUUCAAUUUUUAAAUAUUUAAUUAUCAUAAAAGUAAUAUAACCUCAAAAAUGUGAAACAAUUAAAGAUGAAGCUUAAAGUAUUAUAUUUAAACAGCGUCAUACAUAUUUGUAUGUCCGUUGUUGAAUUGUUCGUAUGUAUUUAUUAAAUGUAACAGCAAUUACAACAAUAACAAAAAACAAAACAAAAACCAGCAAGCGUUUUUUUAGAAAAAUUGUAAAAUUCAAGAAUUGCGAAGACGAGUAUUUAAAUUUAAAUUCAUAAAAAUAGUUACCGUUAUUGCAGAUAAAUUACGAUAUAUAUUCACACUUAAUGAAAUGAAAAAGCCAAUUAGAUUUACAUUCGUGUUUGAGUUUCAUUGAUGCGUUUUUAAACAAAACUAACUAAUUUUUUACCUCAUUCAAAGUGGCUAUCAGAUAUAGUAAAAAACAAAAUUAAAUAUAUAAACAAAAACAAAAACCAAUAACUAUGUAUGUUACACAAAUUAUAGCAGCAAUUCGUAUGAAUUGAAAAUUAGUCAAAUAAAUUUAUUGAGUGUGUGGAGACCGAUGUCGAUGAUGGAUGUAGAUGCGUUGUGGUGACUUUUCUGGUGGUGUACUCACCUGUACAUGCAUAACCGAAAACGAAACUAAAACAAUAGCAACAAAAACAUAAAUUAAUGAGUAAAUAUACAAAUAUAGAUACUUUCGAUACAUACAAACAAAAGUAAAUGCGAAUGCAAUAACCACGCAUAAAUAAGUAUACAUACCCACACACACACACACUCACACACACCUACACACAUAUACAUGUAUGGUAAAAAUAGCGAAUACUAACAAAUUAAAAUAACAAUAAAAACAAAACUUAAAUAUUAAUACUAAGUAAAAUAAAAUACCAAAAGAUUACACUCAUGGUCAGCAGAAAAUUACAUAUACUCAUGUAUAUGUAUGCAAUACAAAUUCUAUAAUGAUUCAAAUGAAAAAAUGAUUGAUACAAAGAACAAUAGAAAAAUGAAAAUGGAAAAAAGAAAAAAUUUAAAUUAAAUUUAAAGAUAAUGGUAAUACCCGAGGAGGUUUAAAUUAUAAUACAAAUAAUAUAGCAGCAAAUUUUUCUGUAAACAAAUUUUUUAACAAAUUCGGUGAUCUACGAUAUUAAUAAAUACUAUUAUAAACUAUAGAACCAUAAAUAAAUACUAUUUAAAGAAGUAUAUAUACAUACACAUAUAUAGUAUAUAUAUAUAUAUAUAUAUAUUAUUAAUAAAAAAUAUAAAUAAAAUAAUGUUUUUUAAGCAAACAAAUAAAAGUAAAUAAAUAAAUUAUUAAAUAAAUACUUAUACAUAUAUAUAUAUAUAUACAUAGUUAAGUAAUAAUAAAUAAAUUAACAUUAAAUUAUGUAAUAGACAAAGGAGAAAAAAAUUAAAAAAAAAAAAAAACAAAUUAAAUGGAAAACAAAUGAAUAUAACAAAUAACUUAACAGUGAAAAUGAACAAACAACUUGAACACCUAAAGACACGAGAAAAAAUAAAAAAUGAGAUAAAAGUAAACAAAUCACAGACACACACACCCAUAAACAACACAGUUGAAAAGGAAAUGAAAGUAUUU